CACAAAUAACUAAACCACGUUUUACAAACGCUGUCAAUUUCGAUUUAGUUUUUCUGUUAUCGCGUCAACUAAAUUUCAUGUCUAAAGGAGGAAACAAUAAAAAGGCGAUGUGUCCUCGUAAUGUUCCUUCUGAUAGCGUUAGUCGUCUUUCGCAGUUGUUUAAUGGCUCUUCUUCAAUUUCCGUGGUUGUUGUGCGUUGCGCGAGGUGCCGCGAACGUUUUCCGGUUGUUAAUCUCUACGGCUUGUAUGGUCUUAUUGUCCGCAGUGUUCAGUUACCGCCGCGUGUGUGUCGCCGUUGCCGCCGUUCUUAAGUUCUGUUCACGCUCGUGUUGCUGCCAUCGGUUUCGGUACCUGUGUCGGCCAUUUUUGUGGACGAUUCGACUGGUUUCGGAAUUGACGACCGUCUACCACCGUCGUCAAGCAUUCAUAUUAUCUAUUUGGUUUAACUUGUUGUUCAGUGAUUUCCGUGGAUUGUUGAGUAUUAGAGUUAAUGUAGAAGAUACUCAAAACCAAAAUUAUAACACUUUGUGCAUCAACUAUUUACGGAGUUCUAUUUUUUCGUUUAAGAACGCAAUGACCAUGUAUACAAAAUGUAUUAUACUGGAAUCUCCUAUAUGCUGCAAUACUUUAACCGCGGAGUCAGUGGUGACAGAAUGUAGAAGUUUAUCCAGUUGUCCAUGCAUUCAUGAAGGGAUAGAACAUCAACUUCAAUAUUUAUUAAGCCCAGUAUUUACAGUUUUAGUUAGUAGAAACCGAUUGACACAACAUUUAAAAUCUAAAAAUAUCACAUCUAAUGAUAGAAAUAAUAUGCUUAACCCAGGCCUGGCGGUUGAAAAACUGAAUCAGGUGUUGAUACUAUAACUUGGCUACAUAUUUAAUUUAGCUGUUCCUUGGAUUUAAGUUUAUACAUUUAGUAUUUCUUUAGAAAUAUGACGCACGUGGCACAUAAACCUCGUAAUUUGAUGGCUACAAAAAUAAAAUAAUGAUGACAAAUGUGGUGGUUCUUAGGUUCGGACCUUCCCAUGGGCUUAUAAAAACUUUUUUUUAGAUUUUUCACAGCGAUAAUAUAA